AUGGAAACAUACACCCGGUUAGCAGAUUCGGUCAUUGAAUUUGAUACAGAAUUUCUGAGCACUCCCACAGGUGAGCACACCAAACAUUCGCUGAAAAUUCAGCAAAGCGAGCUUAGUGUACUGUGGGAGAAAGCCAAAGCACUCUUUGACGAAGUUCUGACUACCGAAUCAACUAGUGCUAAAGAUGUUAGCGCUAUAAGAAAGAAAAAUAAGAUCUGCUAUGCAGCUUUUGUCCGGUGUAUGACAAAAAUUAACGAAUAUUCCGAAAAGUUGGAAAAAUCAGAAAAGGAAAGUGAAGAGAUGUCACUCGCUUCGCAUAGUUUGCAUCUUCCACCUUGCGAUAUUGACGUUUUUAAAGGUGAUUAUUUGUCGUGGCCAACUUUUCGUGACAUGUUCACGGCAAUUUAUAUCUUGAACAAACGGCUAACACCCAUACAGAAGCUUUAUUAUCUGAAUCAAAAAACGCAGGGUGAAGCCAAAGAAAUUGUCAAGAAAUGCGACUUAACGAAUGAAGGCUUUAACACAGCCUGGAAGAAUCUUUGCGAUAGAUACGAAAAUAAGAGGAUCCUAGUUAACACUCAGUUGAAGAUUCUCUUCAACUUGAAUACAGUUGAUAGUGAAUGUGGAAGCUCAAUAAAGAGAUUACAAAGGGAUAUUAAUAAUUGUAUAUCAUCCCUAGAGAGUCACCAGAUUGACAUUUCAAACUGGGACCCUAUUAUUACGUAUCUGUGUUCUACUAAACUACCUGAGGAAACCCUUUCGCUGUGGGAACAAUCGGUAGAAAAUAAAACAGAAAUAUCCAAGUGGUCAGAUAUGGACCGAUUCCUUUCAAGCAGGUUUCAAACGUUAGAAUCGGUUUCAGGUUUAAGAGGAAUCAAGACUUCGAAGUUUUCAAAAGUGCCAAGUCAUAAGCAUUCCUCUGAACCCUCUCACAAGAAACUUGGCGUUUUUCAAACUAGUGUCGCCAAAUACAUGUGCAAAAUGUGCCAAAGCAAUGAGCAUAGAAUUCAUAUGUGCCCAAAAUUUCUGAAGAUGUCUGUAGCUGAUAGAAUCUCCUUUGUAAAAACGAACAAUAGCUGUUUUAACUGUCUGUCUUUCGGACAUUCGGUGUCGAAAUGCACGAGUUCUUACAACUGCGCCAAUUGCCAUUCUCGACACCAUACGCUCCUACACAAUCAGACAGCACCGCCUAAAACAGCUACCAGGGAAAAUACUUCUAAUCCUGCGGACAAUUUACCAUCGACUUCCAGACAGGCACAAUUGAGGAAUCAAGCUUCAAAGGGGAAAAGUAACCAAGUAAAAAAGGUGCAAUCACAUCACGCUAAUACUAGCAAAGGUGUUUUACUCGGCACUGCUCGGGUUACUAUUCAUUAUAAUGGCACCAAUUAUGCUGCUAGAGCUCUAAUUGAUUCUGGCUCUGAGUGUUCCUUCAUUACGGAGAGGCUCAGACGCAGAAUCAACUUGCCCACAAAGAAAAUGCAUGCUCAAGUUUCGGGCAUCAAUAAUACGGUUUCUGCACAGGUAAAAGAAGCGUGUUCUAUACAGUUGCGGUCACCGAUUGACCCAUUCAUUUCAAUUGAUGCUAUUGUGUUAGUGCUACCAACUCUUACCGGGAAUUUGCCAACUUGCGACAUUAGCGCACUAACACAACAAGCUUUUCCUGAUCUCAUCCUGGCAGAUAAAAGGUUUUAUGUAAAUGAGCAAGUCGAUCUUGUCUUGGGAGGGGACAUAUAUCCCCAUAUAAUUUUGAGUGGCAUUAAGAAGAAUGUUCUUAGUACUCUUCUGGCACAAGAAACAGUGUUCGGUUGGAUACUGACUGGUCGUGCUGAUGCAGUCAACCCAACCAACAAUAAUAGAGUAUCGUUCUUCAAUGAAGUGGCCCUAGACAAACAGCUAAGCUCUUUUUGGGAACUUGAGGAUCUUCCACGAGAUAAAACUGCAACAGCUGAGGAAGCAAAGUGCGAGGAGCUUUACAAGCGUACAACACAGCGGAAUCCAGAUGGGAGGUACAUCGUGUCGCUUCCUUUCAAGGCGGAGUUCCCGGCUGAUAUAAACUUAGGGCCAUCACUCAAAAUCGCGUUUUCUUAA